ACAUCGCCACUUCGUGUUCGACAUUGAUGAAUGUAUGAAUAACCCCUGUGAAAAUGGAGGACAAUGUGACAUUACUGAGGGGUCCUAUACCUGCAUCUGUACCGAUGGAUUCACAGGAAUGCAUUGUGAACAAAGUAUAGACAGAUGUGUGAAUGACCCUUGUGAAAAUGGAGCCCAAUGUGAAAACGCCGGUGGCACUUAUAGAUGCAUAUGUACUGAGGGAUAUAUGGGGAUGAAUUGUGAACAAGAUAUUGAUGAAUGUGUUAACAGCCCUUGUCAACAUGGGGGUCUGUGUGAGAACACCUUCGGCUCCUACACAUGUUUCUGUACCAGUGGAUAUAUGGGACAUGAUUGUCAACAAGAUAUUGAUGAAUGUUCAAGUGGCCCUUGUGAAAAUGGAGGACAGUGUGACAACACUGAGGGCUCCUAUAACUGUAUAUGUGUCGAUGGAUUCACAGGGAUAAAUUGUGACCAAGAUAUCGAUGAAUGUGUGAACAGCCCUUGUCAACAUGGGGGUCUGUGUGAGAACAUCUUUGGCUCCUACACAUGUAUUUGUACCAGUGGAUAUAUGGGACAUGAUUGUCAAGAAGAUAUUGAUGAAUGUUCAAGUGGCCCUUGUGAAAAUGGAGGACAGUGUAACAAUACUGAUGGCUCCUAUUUAUGUUUUUGUACCAAUGGAUUCACGGGGAUGAAUUGUGAAUACGCAAUAUCUACAGAUUGUGGAAACCGACCGGCCCUUUCAUCUUCCAGUCCUCGCAUCAUCGGUGGUUCGCUGACUCAGCUCGGGGAUUGGCCCUGGAUGGUAUCUCUCCGAGACCGUUCAAAUGUUCAUCGUUGUGCCGCUGUACUCAUCGACAGUACCAGAGCUGUCACGGCUGCCCAUUGUGUGAAAAAGUUCGAUACGGCAGUCCUGGGCGAUCUCAAACUCUCCAUGAUGUCUCCGCAUCACGUCCAAAUGGAGGUUCAAGCUGCUAUACAUCCAGACUAUGAUAUCAAUACUAUCACUAAUGACAUUGCUGUGAUCACGUUCAGUGGUAUUCUUGAGUUCAAUGACUACAUCCAACCUAUCUGUGUCCAUAAUCACGAUGCGUCUACAAUGUUUAAAUCAUGUUACAUAACAGGAUGGGGACACACAUCUGAAGGUGGCCAGGUAUCUGAUGCACUUCUAGAAGCAACAGUAGAGUUGUUUGAUCAGGCUCGAUGUCAGUCAUUUUAUCCCAAUCAUACCAUUACAUCGACUAUGCUGUGUGCAGGGCAUCUGAGUGGAUCAACGGACACAUGCCAGGGAGACACAGGCGGUCCUCUCCAAUGUGAAGAUCAAGAUGGUCGCUUCCAUCUGAUAGGCAUUACUAGCUUUGGCAUCGGAUGUGGGAGAGAAAACUAUCCUGGCGUUUACACCAAGGUCUCUGAAUACUAUGACUUUAUUACUUCAGAUGACCCACAACCUGAACCUGAACCAGUAGUGGCAGUUGACCUGUUUCCGGGCAGGUUAUUUGAGGUGACGCACCUACGUGUGGCAUACCUAGAAUACCAGUGGCUCCUCAAUGCCGUUGAAGGGAAUGCCAUCGAUCUCUACAUCUUCACCCUAGACAUCGUGCAACUUCUUGAUACCGUACUCAUUGGUUAUGGAAGCGAUCCUACAAACCUUGACACAAUCCUUGUCAACUCUAGGAAUGGACCUGUUCCCCAUGUCUAUAGAAUCUUUAAUGAAUAUGUGUGGAUUAGGCUCGUUACUCCCCCUGAACCGAUGGCCCUUCUCCCAGGAGUCAAUGCACUGGCUGAAGGCAUUCUUGUUCAUACAAGAGACAAUUUUAGUUACUGUGCAGACCAACCGUGCGGGGAAGGGAACAUCUGUAUGGCAAAUGCAGUCGGGUAUUCUUGUGUCUGUCAGAGAAUUUCGAGUGGAUCAACAUGCAAAGAUCUCUACCAUAAUUUCAGCGGAGACGCUAUUUCAUACAUAGACCGUCAGGUUUCCACGUCUAGUGACAUUGAAUGUACUUUUGAUACGGAUUGGUGCGGGUGGACUCAGGUUCAGUUUGUAGAAAACCUUGACUGGAAUAUGACCCAUGGAGAUGAGCUGUGGAAUUUUGUUGGUCCGUUCGCGGAUCACACAGAGCCGGGAGUGGGUGGUCAUUACAUCUAUGCUGAGGCAUUGGAGGAGGAUACCCAAUACACUGCAGCACUCGCAAGUAGCAAGUUCUGGGGGACUAGGACUGACCACCGGCAGUGCUUCACCUUCUAUUAUUUCAUAUCCAGUGGUGAUAACGUUGACCUUACCGUGUACUUUUUGUCGGAGAACUCGACCACCCCCGAGCCAGUGUGGACAUUACCGGGAAAGAUACUUAACAGAUGGCUCAUUGGUGAAUUUGAACUGGGUGCUGCAGGAUGGUUCAUCAUCCAGGCCAUGCUGGAUGGACAUCCCCUAGGAUUCAUCAGCGUCGAUGACAUCCAGUUUACCGAUUGUCUCUUGAACGGUAAUAUUCAUGAAAACAUUACCCUUGUACCUGGUAACGUGGUGUACAUGUCGUCACCAAACUUCCCAAACGCUUACCCUAAUGAUGUAUCUCAGCUGUGGACCAUCACAGCACCAGAGGGGUAUGGAGCACGCUUUGAUAUUGAUGUCAUCAACAUUGAAGACCCGUUUGAGAGACUUGCUAUAGGCACUGGACAUGAUCCAACCGAUGAAAGCAGCAUCUUGGGAAGCUGGACUGGACAUCAUCUGCUCCAGAAUGUUACCAGGAUAUCUCUUCAGUACCAGUACUGGGUGUCUUUUAAAAGUGAUCUAACCGUCAGAGAACAGGGCUUCAUCAUAGCGAUUUACCCAGUGGAGUUUGAAGAAUAUUCCAUAACAAUGGAAUGUGGGGACCUCCUGAACUUUACCUCACCCAACUACCCAAUGACUUAUCCUAACAGUCAAAUUCUUCUAUGGCUUAUCACCGCACCUCCCCAACAUGGACUCUACUUCCGUUUUGCAAGAUUUGAUACCGAAUCUCAUCGGGACAUGGUGAUUGUAGGAACCGGGGAAUCCCCAGAUGCGGGUGUCCGACUUACAGGACUCUCUGGAUUUAUUACUCCCAGUGAUAUUGUCUCAGAUGAUAAUAAAGCCUGGAUAAUGUUUAGACCUGAUAUUGAAUCAACUGAGGCAUCUGGGUUCUUCGUAGAAGUUAGAACUCUUGAAAGGCCAGAUUGUACUGCAAGUAAUGCUUUCCAGUGUCCUAAUGGACGAUGUAUCUCGACAGCAGCUCUGUGUGAUAAUUACAAUGACUGUCAGGAUUUUAUUGAUGAGGAAUAUUGUCCCAUUUGUGUGGAUGUUCCUGCAAGCUGUAGUCAGCUUUUGCCGUAUAAUAUGACCUAUUUCCCUAACCAGCAUGCGACCAGUGCUGCAGAUGCUGACAGCAUAUUGGGAAAGGUGACAAGCAGUUGCCCACAGGAAAGCAGCCAUCUCCAACUAGCGUGCAACAUGUUGUUUCCUGAGUGUCCCCACCAUGGACCUACUCGCCAGCCUUGUAAGUCAUCCUGUAUGGCCGAGUUGGAUCUAUGUGCAGCAGUCUAUGAGGACCAGCAUGGAGAGGAAUGGCCGCUUAUAUGUGAUUCGUUGCCCGAAACUGAAGAAGAUCUUUUGGGGCGAUGCACUGGACCAAGCGCAGAUAUUCUGCAUACUUCAAUUUGUGGAACAAGACCUGCAUAUAACCCUUACCAGCCUCGGAUUGUGGGCGGAGUCAAUGCACAGGAGGGGGAAUUCCCUUGGAUGGCUUAUCUCUACAGUGAAGAUUAUGGUCAAUACUGUGGGGCAACUCUCAUCUCAUCAGAAUGGAUUGUAACUGCUGCCCACUGUCUCUGGGGUAUAACUGACCUACUAGACGCGGUAGUCAUGGGAGACCUUCAUCUAUCAAUUAAUUCGGAGCAUCAUCUUGCAAUUGCUCCAGAUGACAUCUUCAUUCAUCCUGAAUACAAUGAUACCUUAUUGAAUGCAGACAUUGCUUUGAUUAAGCUUUCCGAGCAUGUAUCCUUCUCCGAGAACGUUCGACCAGCAUGUCUAUCGCAAACGCUUCAUGAAGAGACAGAUUACACAACAUGCAUCAUCGCCGGUUGGGGUAACACUGAACAUGAUGAGGCAGAUAAUCUUCAGAAAGCUACUGUGAGGUUGAUCGAGGUUGAGCGUUGCAAAGAACUCUACGAGGUGCCUGAUGAUUAUGAUACCGGAUAUCUUGUAUGUGCUGGUUUUGAAAGAGGUGGAAUAGAUACUUGUCAGGGUGAUAGUGGUGGUCCUUUGGUGUGUGAAGGUGCUGAUGGGAGAUGGCACCUGACAGGUGUAACAAGCUUUGGUAAUGGGUGUGCUGAUCCAGGCUUUCCAGGAAUCUAUGCAAGGGUUUCAACUUUACUCCCUUUCCUGGAAUCCAUCUUACUUAAAAACCUGAUGGAUACUAUCUCGUUAGAAGACCAAGAUGAUGAAGUACAAAUAACAAGCCCAGGCUAUCCUGAGUCGUACGAUGCUAACAUCGAUAAGACGUGGUACAUUAGUGCUCCUCGCGGGUACAGCAUUUCAGUUGAAUUUCUCGUCUUCAGUCUGGAGGCGGGCUUUGACGUCCUCACUGUUUAUGAAGGAGUGACCAGUGAUGUAGAGGAGAGAGAAGUAUCCCACAGGCUAACAGGAUACCUUCCACCACCAAGUUUUACAUCAUUUGGCUCUCACGUCUGGUUACAGUUCACCACUGAUGACAUAAUCCAAGAUCAAGGCUUCCUUCUUGUAGUCAGCCUUGUUAAAGGAAUAGACUGCAGUGAUGCCGACAUGUUCAAUUGUUCAAACGGACGAUGUAUCCAUAUAAAUUCAACUUGUGAUGGAUUUAACGAUUGCGUGGAUUUUUCUGAUGAAGAUUUUUGUCCCCCAUGUGUUGAGAUUCCAGAGCCUUGUCGAAGCCUUGUUCAGUAUAGCCGUACUUACUUUCCAAACGCAUAUUCGACGAGUGAGCAAGACUCACAGGCAGCACUUCAGCUUUUAACCAAUCAGGCAAGUUAUUUUAAGAACAAAUCUGCCUUAUAA